UUCUAUCAAAGCAUUAGAGUCUGUGCUUUUCAAGGGUGGGAAUGAGAGACUGGUGAGAGCGCUCAGGAAGCAGAGGACUUGGAUUCUUCUGGAAAACCCCAAGACUCACCAUGAGGGAGUGUGUCUGCUGGUGAGUCUUCUGCUAAGAUCUGGACUCAUAACACCUGAGAUCAUACAGAGCCUCCUCCCCUGGGUGAAUUCCCCCUCAGAAAACCACCGAGUCACCAGCACAGCUUUCCUUGCCCAGCUAAUGAGUGAUCCCAUGCUCAGGGAGAAGAAGUUCCUUAAGCCUGUCUUACACAUCUUGGAAGAAAGGUCACAUGAUAGGAACAGCAUUGUCCGUCAGAUGGCUGUAAGAGGCCUGGGAAAUUUAGUCUAUGGGGCGCCUGAGAAGGUGAAAAAGCACAAGAAGUUUCUUAUGGUCAUACUGAUCAGGGCCUUAAGUGACCCUUUCAGUUCUGAAGUCAUUGGCGAGAGCAUGAAAGCAGUGGCCAAAGUCCUGAAGGAGCUGAAAGAGAAGGACAGAGGUUCUUCCUUCAGAGACCUCACCCAACAGAUCCGGACCUACUUUGACAACAAUUACUAUUCUCAACCAAGCUCUAUUGAAAGCCUUGGACCCGGGCAGUCUGCUCUCAACUAUCCCAGUGCUGGGAACCCAGGAAACUGUGGGAGCUAG